UCAAGAUAAGCAGCCAGUUUACGCUAGAAUUUAGUAGGCUCAUUUGAUUCAAUUAGUAAAAAGUUCCCGUAUUUCUUUUGAAAAGUGUUACACCAAACUUAGUAGCAUCUUUUGUGGUCUUUAGAGUUAUAUUUUCUUUCAUUGCAUGCAUCAUUUUCCGCAGAGCACUGAUAAAACAGGAGGCAGCCAUUGAAAAAUUUAGCAUCCCUACUUUAAUCACCUCACGCGAGUGAUUCUAGCGAGAUAUGACGCAAUACUCGAUCAGUCAGAGCGCGUGCAUCUCUAUAAUCACCUGAGCAAUUAUACAAGACUCAUAUAAAAAGCAUGACUGACUUUUUUGAUUAAAGAUGGCCUCCAAUAAGUGAGAAGAGAGACUUUUCUCGACUCAAAUUAACCUUUAAUCGCUGCACGACCCUUCUUUGCCAUUCUGUUUGUCGUUACUCAAUGUCAGUGUUAUCGGAUAAUUGUAUUAUCCCUGUGGAAAAGGGAACUUUUUACGACGCCACCGACAAUUUAUUUACUAAUUUGUUUGGUAACAUGAAAUCCAGUGGUGAUUAUUGAAAUUUUAGUAGUAAAUAGGUAACCUCGUAGGCUGUUUUUUUCAUCAUUGAUGUUAGCUAUGCUAAUAUUAUUAUUAUUACUAUUAUCAUCAUCGGUUGGAAUCAACCCCUUUUUUUAAAUACAACUCUCGUUUCAAGGGGUAUAAAUCCUUACAGUAAAUACACUAGGAAUCACCAAGAAACGUAUUGACUGUCCCGAGAAGUCAAUGAUGCAUUUGCGAUGUCGAUUAAUCGAAAAAAGAUUAACCAGGGUAUGCAGGGUAGGAUAUAAAGUUAGUAUAUAUCAGCUGACUUUCCAUUUCAUCAUUUAUCUCAGGGGGGACACUAGACGUGACAGUGCACGAAAUACAAGAUGAUGGUAACAUUAAAGAGAUCCACAAGGUCACAGGGGGGCCUUAUGGUGGAAUGUACGUCAACCAGCAGUUUGAAACUCUCCUGGAAGAGUUGUUUGGUGUACAAAGAAUUCAAAAGUUCAAAGAGCAGCAUCCAUCUGAUUGGCUGUCGUUAAUGAACGAGUUUGAAGGAAAAAAACGUGGGAAGCGCAUUUUAGACGACAGUUUGAUGACAAACAUCCGCCUACCAAGGAGCUUUGUAUCCAUGUUAAAUGAAACUCAAAGUUCAGUGAUGGACAGCUAUGGAACUAAGGACGUAAGACUGAAAAAUAAAGAGUACCUUUGCCUAAGUUCAGGAAUGAUGAAGAAAUUGUUUAACCCUGUCGUGGAGAGAAUUAAACAACAUUUAAAAACUUUGAUGAAAAAACCGCAACUAUCAAAGGUGCAAACCAUGCUCCUUGUUGGCGGCUUUACCGAUUCUGCUUUCUUACAACAAGAAUUAAAAACGGAGUUCGCAAGAAGGCUUAGGAUACUUAUUCCUCAUUAUACAACUAUAGCAGCUGUUCAAGGAGCUGUAAUCUUUGUAAUCCUACGAAAAUAUCCGAAAGAGUCGUCUCCACAACUUUUGGCGCCGAUCGUUCGGUAG